AGACGCUUUAAAACUGUCACGCAUUAAUUCCGCAAAAUACAUCACCGAUUUUAACUUAAAAAUGGACGAAAUCGUGUUGAAAUCACUGGUAAAGCUGACUCAAGAAGGAGAUCUCGUUUCUUUGGAUAAAUAUAUGAACUCAAUGGUCAGCGGAUCGGUUCAGACCGAUUUGAAUAGAUCCAUGGUUCAGACUGUGAUUAACAAACACUUCGGAAGAUCUGGGGACACUUUGAUGCAUUACGCAGCGAGACACGGACAUUUACACAUCGUUAAAUAUCUUCAUAAACUGGGACUGCACGUGGAAGUUUAUAAUAAUGACUACAAGAGACCACUCCACGAAGCUGCGUCAAUGGGCCACCUCGAAUGCGUGACAUAUUUGCUUGAAAAUGGAGCUAAAGUGAAUAGUUUGAAGAAAGCGGACUGGACCCCUCUAAUGAUGGCGUGCACCCGUAGAAACCUCUCUGUGAUUGAUCAGCUCCUAGCUCAUGGGGCUGACCUGGGUCUGAAAAACAAAGACGGCUGGAGUGCGUUCCAUGUGGCCACCAGAGAGGGCAGCGCUGAGGUGGUGCUGCUGCUGCUACAACACUCAGAGCAGGUGUGGAGGACAGAGAGCAAGACUGGACGCACACCACUGCACACGGCAGCUAUGCACGGAUGUGAAGAAGUGAUCAAAAUCUUGUUGGAAAGAUGUGAGUACAGACCAGACCAGAGGGACAGCUGUGGGGUCACUCCGCUCAUGGAUGCACUGAGGAAUGGACACCUCUCAGUGGCUAGACUACUUUUAGAGAAGCACCAGGCGUGUCCAACAGCAGUGGACAGACUGGGAGCUCAGCCUCUGCACCAGGUGGCAGUAACGGGAGAGAAUGACGCUUUGAGAUUUUUAGUGAAGGAGUUGAAAGUGAAUGUAAAUGAGAGCGCCACCAGCCUCCAGCUCAUGCCAUUACACUACGCUGCUAAGGAAGGCCACGUCUCCACUAUACUAACACUGAAAGAGUUAGGAGCUGAUCUCCAAAUACAAGACGCCAAGGGAAGAACUGCUCUUCACAUGGCGUCCAUUGGUCAACACGCUGAAGCAGUGACCACUCUCCUCCAGCUUGGCCUGAAAAACUCUCCAGAUUCUUCUGGGACAACUCCACAACAAAUCGCCAAGAAACCAGCCGUGGUCCAGGCAUUUCAUGCGGGUUUAUAGGAGAGCACUAGGGCUGUAAUGAAUUCAUUAGUUGACUUGGCAUGAGGCGUGGGGUUAGCAAAGCUCUCAAAACUAUUAUCAGACCAAAUAUGACCAAAACCACAAGCACAUAUAAAAAUCACCAUUUGGUACAGUGUAACAGUACUUUUACUUGAGUAAUAAAUUGUACAGUGUAACAGUACUCGUACUUGAGUAAAAGUUGUGGUACCUCUUCCAAGUCUAGUGAGUGGCUUGAGCUUUAUAUUGACAAUAUGAAAUGAUUUGAACAUUUGUGUAUCUUGCAGCUCCUUCAGAUAUGAUUUAGUUUGGCUCAUCUUUGUAUCUCUUUGAAAAUACCACAUUUUGUGACUUAUUUCAUAUUUUGUCACAUUCACCAAAAUAAAACAUAAAUCAGAUGUUACGUCCCAACAGUUAAUCUUUAAUUUGCUUUUACUUGAGUAGGACUUUUCCCAAAUACUUUUUUUAAAAUUCGAAUAAUUUCUUGGACCACUAAAAUUUUUGGCUACUCUACGACCUCUGGAGCUGACACUAUUUGAAAUGAAGAGAUGGUUAUUUUAUCAUUUUGGUUUGAUCAGCAAAAUAAAUGCAAUGCCCGUUAUUAAAAUAUUUCUAAUUGCAGAAAUCUAGUUCUUGAGCAGA